GGGACUCAACUCGAAGGAAGCCAGGUGGAGAUGAGGAAGAGGAGGGCUGCAGGCAUGAGGAACAGACAGUGAAAACGCCCGGAGCCAAGUCAUGGAGGGUCUUUUCAGGGAACAGCCGGGAGGCCAAUGUCACCGGUGGAAGAGUUUGUGCUGUGAAGUGAGUCCAGAAGGUUACGGCCACGUGAGUCAUACUGGUAGUCAGUCCUGGCAGUCAGAAUCGGGAUGCUCCUAACUCCAGAUCCAUGGGCAUCACCGCUGAUGUCAGCCCCCGAGCAGUGUGGCAGUUUCGAAAUAUGAUCAAGUGCGUCAUUCCCGGUAGUGCGCCCCUGAAGGAUUACAACAAUUAUGGUUGCUAUUGUGGCCUCGGCGGGAGCGGCACCCCUGUGGAUGAACUUGACCAGUGCUGCCAGGUGCAUGACCAGUGCUACUCAAUGGCCAAGGAACUUGACAGCUGCAAGUUCCUGGUGGACAAUGCCUACACCGAGCUUUAUUCCUACAGCUGCUCUAAGAAUGAAAUCACCUGCAGCAACAAAAAUGAUGCGUGUGAAGCCUUCAUCUGCAACUGUGACCGAAAUGCUGCCUACUGCUUUUCCAAGGCACCAUACAAUGCAGAACACAAGAACUUGAACAGCAAGUUCUGCUGAAAAGAAAUAGUAGGCUCCCACUCCCUCAGCCAUGCCCCAGGCAGCUGCCUUCCUCCAAGCCUGCAGGCGGUGGCCUUCAUUAAAGCAUCUUGAAAGGC